GAAAUAUACACACUACUGUGGGCGUGCUCCCAGGGCUUCACAAUUCAAGCAAUGGUGGAUAGCCUUUUGAUCAGGAAGUGCAUGAUUUGUGUUUUCAUGUAGCAUUGAGACAACUGCAAAACAUGGGUCUUUUUCUUACUCAUUUACAAUGUGGCAGAUCACCUAAACCGAGGCAGGAUUACCGGGUGUUGCUUGUUGACAGUGUGUGAACCCAUGUGGUUUGGAGGGCUAUACCCUUGUGUGUUACUCUGAUUAUUCAGAGCAUGGCUACAGUAUAUGCAUUCAGUGCACGGGUAGCCAGUUGUAGUAUUUUUCCACUCAGGUUUCGAUGUUACUUGUACAUGAAGAAAAUGUAAGUUACACUUAAACACAACAGCUUGUAAGAAAAACAUGGAUGAAAUUAUGUCAUUAUUUCAUAUAUGUAACUGCAGGCAAUACAUUCAGUUUGGCAGGAUAAGCCAUUUAAGGGUAAAUUUAACAUUAAAAUCUCAUCGAGGUUUGAUAAGUUUAUAUUAAAAAUCUAUCCUGCGUAUGGCCCUCUUUUAUGCAGUUACAUUUAAUUACCACCAGAUGGAGCCAGAUUAUAGUUUUUGGAUAAAUAAACAAGACAAAAGACAACCAUGCUUUUUUUUCUCUCGAGCGACUCUGUUAGUUGCUUUUAAAUUUGUAUCCCUCUUAAGUAGUAUUUUUUUCUGGGGAAAAACAUUUCCCCUAAAAACAAAUCAGUUCUUACUGCCGCCCCUUUUCUUUUCAUUUCAGCUGUUCCCAUUACAUAACUCAAUCAGUGACGCCCUUUGAGCAGAAGUAGUAGUAGCAGUAGUAGUAGAAUUUAAACCGAAACAUUGCAGCAGAUUUAUAUAUCAUAUAGGCGCGUUCCUUCGUUUGUUUAGGGACUUAAAGCGCGCAUGGAAUUGGCAUCAAAUUACGCACAUCGCGCGGGCAUCGCAAUGCUUGGGAGGGACUUGGGUUCGGGGAAUUACUUUCGCACUCAGCUUUCCCCUCUUUGCUCCCACACACCACUUGAGCCACAAGCGCCGAUACUAGCUCCGGGGAGGACACCUGCGCUCUCGGUCUGGCCCCCACGACUUCACUCCUGCGCUCGGCUCGACUUUGAAUAAUGUUAGGGAGCAGCAAGACACCAGCAGCUAGUCGCAAUGAACAGAAGACAGCGGUGGAAAAGUCUAACGACCCUCUGAGGAAACUUGGUGUGCAGGACAACGAUGACGUCCGCGUGAUGCUGGGGGGCUCCAGCAUGGUGAAGGUGCGCUCUUCCCGUUGGCAGAAGAGCCGGACCCUCCGUCUGCUGGAGGACGGGGUCACCGUGUGGUGUGAGACCGCCAAGAGCUCCCGCCGGGCCAAGGCCCAGCAGACAUUCGCGGUGACGGAGGUGGAGUGUGUGCGGGAGGGCUGUCAGUCGGAGGCGCUGCAGAGCCUGGCGGGCUCGGUGCCUGACACCAACUGCUUCACCGUGGUGUUCCGCGGGCCCCGGAAGAGCCUGGACCUGCUGUGUCCCUGUGAGGGCGAGGCCCAGAGCUGGGUGCGGGGCAUCCGCACCCUGAAGGAACGGGUGGGCAACAUGUCCCAGAAGGAGAAGCUAGACCACUGGAUCAGCGGGUACCUUCGGCGGGCCGACGAGAACCGCGACGGCAAGAUGAGCUACGACGAGGUGAAGAGACUGCUGCAGAUGAUCAACAUCGACCUGAACGAGCAGUACGCCCGCUCCCUGUUCAAGAAGUGCGACCGGUCGCGCGACGACCGCCUGCACCACAAGGAGAUCGAGGAGUUCUGCCGCGAGCUGCUGCGGCGGCCCGAGCUGGACGCUGUGUUCCGCCACUACUCCUCCAACGGCUGCGUGCUGUCCACCGCCGAGCUCCGGGACUUCCUGGGGGACCAGGGCGAGGACGCCUCCCUGCACCACGCGCAGACGCUCAUCCUCAGCUUCGAGCUCAACGAGUGGGCCCAGAAGAACCAGUUCAUGACCCAGAACGGGUUCACCAUGUACAUGCUGUCGCUGGAGAACGACGUGUUCAACCCCGACCACGCCCGGGUCACCCAGGACAUGAGCCGCCCGCUGACAGACUACUUCAUCUCCUCCUCGCACAACACCUACCUGUCCAAGGACCAGGUGACGGGCACCAGCAGCACCGAGCCCUACAUCAGGGCUCUCCACCAAGGCUGCCGUUGCGUGGAGCUGGACUGCUGGGACGGAGACCGGGGGGAGCCGGUCAUCUACCACGGACACACCCUCACCUCCAAGGUGCCGUUCAAAGAGGUCAUCAAGACCAUCGGCCAGUACGCCUUCAAGGCGUCCCCGUACCCCCUGAUCCUGUCCCUGGAGAACCACUGCUCCGUGGAGCAGCAGGCGGUCAUGGCCCGCGACCUGCACUCCAUCCUGGGCAACAAGCUGCUCAGCAGGCCCCUCAGAGAGACACCGCUGGAAGAGCUGCCGACGCCCGGGGAGCUGCGGGGGCGCAUCCUGGUGAAGGGGAAGAGGGAGACCCCCCACCUGGGCCAGCUGGGCAAGGAGAGCAGCUUCUCGUCCAGCUCAGAGGACGAGACGCUGGCCGGCGGCAAGAGGGACCCCACAAAGGCGCUCUCGUCCAAGCUGAGCCCGGAGCUGUCUGAACUGGUGGUGUACUGCCGCAGCGUUUCGUUCCGUGGGUUCCAGAACCUGUCUGAGAAAGCAGCCAAUGAGAUGUCCUCCUUCUCCGAGAGCGAGGCCCUGAGGCUCAUCAAGGACACUGGGAAGCUCUUCGUCAAACACAACAGCCGACAGCUCAGCCGGAUCUACCCGGCCGGCCAGCGUCUCCAGUCCUCCAACUACGACCCCCAGGACAUGUGGAACAGCGGCUGCCAGAUGGUGGCGCUGAACUUCCAGACCCCCGGGGAGCAGAUGGAUCUCAACCAGGGCCGCUUCCUGCCCAACGGCCGCUGCGGCUACAUCCUCAAGCCCGGCUUCCUGCGCACGCCCGCGUCGAACUUCGACCCCGAGAACACCGGUGGGGGUCCGGGGCACGUCCCCACGCAGCUGACGAUACGCAUCUUGUCGGCGCAGCAGCUGCCGAAGCCCAUCCAGACCAAGACCAGUGCCAUCGUGGACCCCCAGGUGUGGGUGGAGAUCCACGGGGUCUCCAUCGACAAUUCCAGAGACAAAACGCACCGCAUCGACAACAACGGCUUCAACCCGCGGUGGGACUGCACCCUGAGCUUCCAGCUGCAGGUCCCGGAGCUGGCCCUGGUGCGCUUCGUCGUGGAGGACCACGAGCACACCGCCAAGAACGAAUUUGUGGGCCAGUUCACCCUUCCUUUCACUAGCCUACGCACAGGUUAUCGUCAUAUCCACCUGCUGAAGGCGGACGGCUCCAGUCUGUCGCCGGCGUCGCUCUUUAUCCACGUGAAGGUGAGCCGCAAGGGAGUGCACAUCAAGACGGUGUCGGCACGCUCGGCCAAAGGCAAGGUGUGACCUGCGAACGCAGCGCGGAGAAGCUCCACAACAAAGGGGAGAAACGCCAGGAAUGUGAUGAGAGGGAGAGAGAGCUGCUGCUGACUCAGCCUGAAGUGCCUACACAGAGCCAGCUCCACGACAGAGGAGGGACUGUGGAGGUGGUGGAGGCCUCUAGGUGAUCUGUGUUGCAAUGUGUUACAAAGCCGUGAUGCAUGAGGGGCGAGGGUUUGAGCCUCGCUUGUGCUUGUUUCUCAGCUUCACCGGCCUCGUGUCGUUACUGUUCGGCCAAUACUGACCUCAAAUGCGACGUUGAUCUUUUUGGAUCGAUGAAGCGUUUUUGUAACAGAGAAACUUUUGUCUAUUUUAGACUCGCGUUUUUAACUUAUAGAACAUCAGUAUUACUAAAAAAAGAAGCUCUUAACUGUAUUUUAACUUUGCUAUCCUUUAAAAACAGCCAAGUGCACUCUUAAUGCUUGUAUUUUUGUUAUGUAACAUGAUUUUUUAACAUAAUCUAUUGCUGCUAUAUAUAGAAACUACUUAAUAAUGGUAUUCAUGCAAAUUAGGUUUUGCUUUGUCAGCUCAUCAACCUUAAACAUUUUUUUUAAUGCUUACUAAGUGUUAUUUUUUAAGUAUUUGAUUGACUGUUUAUUUGAUCGACCAUUUACAAAUUCUCGUUCAUGAGAGACGUUGAAACUGUAACUUAAAAACUGUGACUGAAAUCCUGACACAUAUAACACUACAGAUCCCCAGUGUUUAUUAACAGUAUUAUCUAUAUGUAUAUAACUAUAUAUAUAUAGAUAUAACGUUGUUUUUCAUUGAAGCUCGGGAUACGCCAACUCUCAUGCACGUGAAGGUUUUUAACGUCUGCCUAUUACUUAAGCAGCAAAAAUGCAGGUAAAUUGUAGGUCAUUUAAAUGUGAAUAUAUGCUGCCAUAUGCUACUAAAAGAUAACUUAACUAAUAUUUGUAGGCUAGUGUGUAUAUAUACCGUGUAUAGUAUUCUAUAGCGUUUAUACAAGGAUUUUAGUACUUGCACUAUAUCUCAUUGACAUUAAACUCUUUGAAGAGAGUAAUGGCACAUUAUGAACCACUUUAUUUACUAGGUAAAUAGAGCUAUCACUAACCUACAAGUGGCUUUGGAUAAAAGUGUCCGCUCAAUGACUGCAUACGUAAAUGUGUCGGUCCUUUGUAAUGCGAAUCAGUGUUAUGUUUUAACCAAGUUAUAUAUAAGAAAGCAUCCUGUUGUUUCAACAA